AAGCAAAAAGCAGCAAGCAAAAAGCAGCAAAACAAAGCAGCAAAAUGAAAACAGCAAAACAAAAGCAGCAAAACAAAAGCAGCAAAGCAAAAACAACAAAGCAAAAGCAGCAAAGCAAAAGUAGCAAAGAU